GUGACAUUAUGUCAUCAGCGGACAACCAGUAACAGAUUUACUGACAGAGGCAGGGGUGAGAAGACAGAGCGAGGAACUAGGUUAUGUGCAAGAGGUUAGAAGGGACGGAGAGUAGUAAGAAGACAGCAAUAUAGUAACAUAGAGGGAGGGGGCACUAAAGAAGGAGAUAGACAACAGCAGAUGCAAGACCUAGGAACAAGUAGUAAUACAGUGGGGGAUAAGGCAGAAGUGCUUCAACACCCAAAGGGAAGAAAGUGAGAAAGAGAAGAAAAUAGGCAUAAAAGGAAUUAUAGAAACAAAAAUAUACCAAAGACAAGAUCAUAUAUCAAGAUCUGAAGAAAGAAGUGUUCCAUAAGGGAUAUAUAGCUGAUCAGCACCAGGUGAGCACCAGCCUGGACAAUGUUUCCCACCUAUGCAGACCUGGUGAAGGAGAGGAAAGGCCUGGCAUCAGCCAUAGUCAGGGAAAUAAGAGGGGAAGCACCUCUGUUAGACCUGGGUAAAAAAGUCAGUGUUCCUCAAGAUGUAAUGAUGGAAGAGCUGUCUUUACAGCGUAAUCGUGGCUCUUGUAUGUACUUAGAGCGGCAGAAGCGCGUUCAAAAGUUUACAUUUGAUUACCCCACGAAUCAUAUCAUUGCAGGGGGCCAUAUGAAUGCCUUUAAUGCCAAUCAGACAGUUGCCAAUGAUGUAUCUGGAACCGAAGGGGUUGAUGGAAAGGAAAACUUUCGCACAGAAAUGCACAUAGUCCCUGGAAGCAACAGGACUCCACCCAAUGUUCCCACGAAAUCUACGAAGGUCUUACAGAUGAAGAUGUCUCUGAAUCCAGGCUCUAUAGCUCCAGGUUAUUCUGGACCAUUGAAGGAAAUCCCAUAUGAGAAAUUUAACAGUACCGCCAUCCCCAAAUCAUACCGAUCACCUUGGGCACAGAGCUACAGAGUUGAGAAUGUCGUACCUGCCACUGAGUCACUUCCUCCUCCUCCACACACCCCUGUCAACGUCACAUGCCGCACAUUCAACAGAACGCCAAUCCCCUUUGGAAGUUUAUCCGUAGUUGACGGUGGUGAAGCUCCAAAUAUUUUUGAAGAACUUCAGGCUCAAAUUGAAGAAUCCACCAGCGGACUGGACCUCAUGUGUCAAAGACCCAGCUUCAACAGAGCACCACGGGGUUGGGCAAAUAAAUAUGUCCCGGAAUCUCCGGACCUGUAGGCUUGUAUCUGCAGUUACAUCGUGUAUAUGCUGAUUUGUAGAUUCCUACGAAGGGAUAAAAAGCUUAUUUGGCAUUGCUUCU